CCUCUCCCCCCACUCCCCCUCCUCCUCCUCCCGCGGGCCGCCGCCAUGUCCAUCGGGGUGCCGAUCAAGGUGCUGCACGAGGCCGAGGGCCACAUCGUCACCUGCGAGACCAACACGGGCGAGGUCUACCGCGGGAAGCUCAUCGAGGCCGAGGACAACAUGAACUGCCAGAUGUCCAACAUCACGGUGACCUACCGCGACGGGCGGGUGGCGCAGCUGGAGCAGGUCUACAUCCGCGGCAGCAAGAUCCGCUUCCUCAUCCUGCCCGACAUGCUGAAGAACGCGCCGAUGCUGAAGAGCAUGAAGAACAAGAACCAGGGCUCCGGCGCCGGGCGCGGCAAGGCCGCCAUCCUCAAGGCGCAGGUGGCUGCAAGAGGAAGGGGACGUGGAAUGGGACGUGGCAACAUUUUCCAGAAGCGGCGAUAACUUGGGAUCAAACCCUGCUUUGCUGAAGAGAAAACUGUGCUAAAUUGUAAUUUGUGUCUACUUUAAUAAAUAUGUUUCUUACAAAAUAG